AUGGCCCACUGGCUAUGGGCAGCCUAUGACCCCCUGCCGAAUGACGCUGCCCUCCAGUAUAUUGGUCACGAUGGCCGCCAGGUCGUUGUAGAUGACGAGGAAGGACUGAUGGCAAUGCUAGCUGUAGUGUCCCCAACCCAGCCAGUGGACUGUUGGGUGCGUAACAGACAUGUCGACGUCGUUGAUCAAGCUAUCGCUCGUACUAGCGAAGAGAACGUCGACGACAGUACUGGAGACCGCAUUGUCAAGAUAUCGGUCUCUCAAUGGCGCCCACCCGCCUUCCUGACCAACGAGUCGCCGAUUGGGAUUGGCGAUGUUCAGCGUCGAUCAAUCACACCUUCCCCACCAACGAACGAAAACGAUUCUGUGUUUCACGACACAGUUGAAGCACAGUUCGCGCGACGUAUGGUGGCUGAACCUUACAGCCUGUUCGCAGAUGGGGAGGGUGUGUGGAUACAUGGAGCACCGCUGCGGUUGAGCCUCGCGCAGCUGCUUCGCGGUCCCAACCGUGAAGCAGUUGCACUUGACCUGACGCGAGCGCUGCGAUCGGUCACCGUAGUGGACGAAGGCGGAAUCGGCUUGGACCGUUCAUUGGUCCUAGCCGGUGACCGUCCCCAGGCUCGCUACCGGUCUAGUAGCCCGCGUCCCCCUCCUGCGUACGGACCGCCUGUUCAUGACCGCCUUGUGAUGACGGCGAGUCCACCACCGCCUCCGCCAGCCACGGUAUCUCGCCAGGUGCCCAACGCUGAGGAGCCUGGCCCCAGCAUGCGGAGAGUCUCGCAUUCCCGCUCAUCAUCCCUUACUCGCCAAAGUCUGUCCAGCACCAGCAGCACCAGACAAAGUGUCGCCGCGGCGGGCUCACCUAGGAACGUAGUGCUAGAGAGCGGAGCACCCCGCAGUGGCUUUGCCAAUGUUGUCCAUCAGCACUCCCUACAACGUUGUUCCGCAGUACCAGCACGGUACGAGCCUCUCGUGCUAUCGUCGAGUACUGCUGCAUCCGACGGGUCCGCCAACACUCAGGCUGGCCGCUCUGCUAUGCUAUCUCGCGCAGUCUUGGCCGAGACCGCCCAUGGUACCCGACCCGCUACAUUGCGCAGAGCACAGCGCCCUGAGCCUCAACAGGCUGUCACCGAUGUACUCGAGAUCAACCUGGCACGGCUUGGGGGCGGAUUGCUCGACAUCCACGCUCGUGGGAUUAUCUCCAACCGCCUUCACACCUUGCGCGAGAUCGCUGCCCGUGUUGCAUCGUUUUACCGCAUGUCCACUGACGUCCUCAUCCUCUCCUACUCUCCUCGUGACACCGCGCUGCCAUCUUGGAUGGUAGACAGACGCUGGCAACAGAUUCGCAACCCACUCGAGUUCGCUAAUAUGCUCAAGGCUGCGUCCACGAAGGCCUUCGUUGAGUUUGCGGUACUCAAGGCGGCGGCUGCUGGCGGGCACACCACCUUGGGGUACGGUGCUCUGCGAUUCCGAAUUGCCGGUUCAGCCACGCCAGGCGUGAAUGGGCUCUCCACCCCGUCCUACGCCACAUCCGGGAACUGCAAGAAGCUAACACACGCGUCGACCUCCGACAUGUACAACCAAGACGCGGAGCGGCGGCCCCAGGAAGACUGUCAAGUCGGGGAGGUCGCGGAGCUUCCAAUCACAUUGCCACCAGCCCAACCCACGUCGCGCCCUCGACCAGGGGUCGCGGCGGACGUGGCACUGGCCGUCCGGACGCCGUUCGCGAUCUCCUACGCGCUGCUUCGAUCGCUUUGA